CGGAAGCAUCCCGAACAAAACUGGCCGAGUACGAUCGCGCUGUUCGGAGACAUGCGGCAACAUUUUGCACUCGCAUGAAGUGACCAUCAAGGGCAGCCCCACCUAGAACGCAUAACCAUACUCAAGCCCGGAGGUUAGGAAAGCAUGGAGCAGCGUUGCAAGAUUCUCCCUAUUUGUUUCCAUAUCCUCUAUGCGUCUUAACACUACUGGAAGGUAUUUCAGUUCCUUACGGACUGCAUCCCACCAAUUUAUCUACCCCCCCCAUUUCCUGCGGGGCCUGGAGAGAAAGGAAGGGAAGACGGCGACGCGGUGGUGCCCGGACCCGCUCUGAACUCGAGCUGCAGCAGCAGAGCCAGGCAGCACCAGCAGCUGCAGCUCGGCGGCGGCAGGCACUGCGCGUCUGGCAAUGAGCAGCAGCCUCCGGCACUCUGGGUCGCAGCCCUUCCAGCCCUCAGCAAGACAGAGGGGCAAGGCCCAGGGACGCUUCUUCGAUGGGGCUCCCCAAGCAACCCCCCUCCCGCCACCGCACACUCGUUCAGCCGAAGGACUCCCCUCCGGGUCACCAAGGGAGUCCCGCGGCCUCUGAAACGAAAGCUAGCCAGGCAGGGGCCCCUCGCCCCCUCCCCGCAUGUUUUGUUCACCCUCAUCGUAAUCGCUGAAGACGUCUGACGCCAGCGAAGCCCUGCUGCAACCCCGCAGAUCCGCCUUGGGACGCCUUCGCCCAGCCACAACAGGGGGGAGGACGGGGAGGGUGCUGCUGCUGCAGAAGCCCGGUUCUGUUAAGGAUGCUUGAGGUGGUGAAGUGGGGCUGAGGAGAUCGGGGGGGGAUCCAGGGUAGCGAGGUCGAGAAGAGCGGGAGGGAAGCCCAAGGGAAGCCCCCUCCUAUUUAUCCCCUCCUCCCCCCGCAGGCAUGCAAAGAGAUCGUUGAGCCAUAUUUAGCCGUCCUGCUGCCACUUGCUGCAGUGUUUUGAAGGAGUAGCAGAGGGAGAGGGAGACCCGCCGAGAGGGGGAGAGGCAGGCCUGGGCAAGGAGCUCCCCAUGUCACGUGUGCUUUCGAAUAAGACGGCCGGGAGCAUCUGCAAGCUAGCGCCGUUGCAAGAGGAGGAUGCUGCGGCAGGUGAUCCACACAGGGCUCCAGUCGUUCUGCCACAAGCUGGGCUUGUUCGUCAGCAGGCACCCGGUAUUUUUUCUCACUGUGCCCGCAGUUUUGACCAUCAUCUUCGGCUUCAGCGUUCUCAACCGUUUCCACCCUGAAACUGACCUGGAGAUCCUAGUGGCCCCGAGUCAUAGCCUGGCCAAGAUCGAGAGGAGCUUAGCCAACAGCCUUUUCCCCCUCGAUCGCUCCAAAAGCCAGCUCUAUUCGGACUUGCACACCCCAGGAAGGUAUGGCAGGGUGAUCUUCCUCUCCAAGCCAGGAGACAAUAUUUUGCAUCAGGCUGAAGGACUGCUGCAGAUCCACCAAGCUGUGCUGGAAAUGAAGGUGAACCACAAAGGCUAUAAUUAUACUUUUUCCCAUCUGUGUGUGUUGAGAAAUCAGGAUAAGAAAUGCGUGCUGGAUGAUAUAAUUUCAGUGCUAGAGGAUCUGAGGCAGGCUGCCCUCUCCAAUAAGACAACAGCCAGGGUGCAAGUGAGCUAUCCCAACACUAAAUUAAAGGAUGGAAGAAGCAGUUUUAUCGGUCAUCAGCUUGGUGGAGUCAUGGAAUUACCAAACAGCAAGGACCAAAGGGUCAAGUCGGCUAGAGCCAUCCAAAUCACUUACUACCUCCAGACUUACCAUUCUACAGCACAGGAUCUCAUUGGUGAAAAAUGGGAGAAUGAAUUUUGCAAACUGAUACACAAACUGCAGCUGCGCCAUGGAGAUCUGCGACUAUAUGCUCUAGCCUCCUUUAGCCUAUGGAGGGACUUUCACAAGACUAGCAUUCUGGCCAGAGGCAAGAUUUUGGUGAGCCUAAUGCUGAUUCUGCUGGCUGCUAUCCUCUCUAGUUCUAUGAAAGACUGCCUUCGCAGCAAGCCUUUCCUCGGGCUCUUGGGAGUGCUCACUAUCUGUAUCGCCAGUGUCACUGCAGCAGGGAUAUUUUUCAUUACUGAUGGAAAAUAUAAUUCGACUCUGUUGGGAAUCCCUUUCUUCGCAAUGGGUCAUGGCACAAAAGGAGUGUUUGAGCUUCUGUCUGGAUGGCGCCGAACCAGAGAAAGUCUGCCUUUCAAAGACAGGGUUGCAGAUGCCUACUCUGAUGUAAUGGUCUCCUAUACCAUGACAAGCUCCUUGUACUUUAUAGCCUUUGGUAUGGGUGCCAGUCCUUUCACCAACAUUGAGGCUGUGAAAGUCUUCUGCCAGAAUAUGUGCAUCUCCAUCCUGUUGAACUACUUCUAUAUCUUCUCCUUUUUUGGUUCUUGUCUGGUCUUUGCUGGGCAGUUGGAGCAGAAUCGUUACCACAGCAUCUUCUGUUGUAAAAUUCCUUCUGCAGAAUACCUGGAAAGGAAGCCCAUUUGGUUCCAAACCAUGAUGAAUGAUGGCUACCAGCACCCUUCCCAUCAUGAAACUGAUCCAUACCAGAACCACUUUAUUCAACAUUUCCUGCGAGAGCAUUAUAAUGAAUGGAUUACUAACAUCUAUGUUAAGCCAUUUGUGGUGAUACUGUAUCUAAUUUAUGCUUCUUUUUCCUUUAUGGGCUGCUUGCAGAUCAACGAUGGGGCCAAUAUAAUCAAUCUCCUCUCCAGCAAUUCUCCAAGUGUGUCUUAUGCUGUCAUUCAACAGAAGUACUUCAGCAACUACAGCCCAGUGAUAGGGUUCUAUAUCUAUGAGCCUCUUGAGUACUGGAAUGGCACUGUACAAGAUGACUUAAAGAAACUGAGUGAAGGCUUCAACACACUGUCCUGGAUUCAACAGUAUUACAAGUACCUGAGAGCUGGGAAUAUUAGUGCCACCAAUAAAAACUACUUCCUUAGCAUCCUGCAAAACUCCUUUUUAAGAAAGCCAGAAUUCCAGCACUUCAAAAAUGACAUUAUUUUUUCCAAGGCUGGAAAUGGGAAUAGUAUCAUUGCAUCCCGCAUGUACCUCGUGGCUAGGACUAGUGAAAAAACACAGAGGGAUGUUAUAGAGUUACUGGAGAAACUAAGACCACUGUCUCUGAAACAGAGCAUCAGGUUCAUAGUAUUCAACCCUACCUUUGUCUUCAUGGACAAAUACAGCCUAUCUGUAACUAUGCCUGUCUUGAUUUCAAGCUUUGGAAUCUUACUAGUGUUGUUACUUACCUUUUUCCUGGUUAUCCAUCCUCUGGGGAACUUCUGGCUAAUUCUCACUGUCACCUCAAUAGAGCUGGGUGUCUUGGGCUUGAUGACUUUAUGGAAUAUAGACAUGGAUUGCAUUUCUAUAUUGUGCCUUAUUUAUACUUUAAAUUUUUCCAUAGAUCACUGUGCACCCCUGCUUUACACAUUUGUACUAGCAACUGAGCACACCCGAACUCAGUGUAUAAAAAGCUCACUUCAAGAACACGGAACAGCAAUUUUACAAAAUGUUACUUCUUUUCUUAUUGGGUUAGUCCCCCUCCUUUUUGUGCCUUCAAACUUGACCUUCACACUGUUCAAAUGCUUGCUGCUGACUGGCAGUUGCACACUUCUGCACUGUUUUGUAAUUUUACCUGUCUUCCUAACAUUUUUCCCACCCUCCAAAAAGCACCACAAGAAAAAGAAACGAGCCAAACGAAAGGAACGGGAAGAGAUUGAAUGCAUAGAAAUUCAAGAGAAUCCUGAUCAUGUAACAGCAGUCUGAGUCACACAAAACUACAUGGUUUUUAUUACUAAAAGAAAUGUAAUACUGAGCUGCAAGGAAAGUAAAGAUCUCCAGUGCUUGUGUUGGCCCAUGGGAAACAUGUCAAAGGAGUAUUUAUGACAC